AUGUGGAGGGCACAACAGAGGAGGCUUAACCUCGGCCAUCGCCUCGACCUCUUGGAUCUAGAAGCCGAAGCAAGAGAGCAAUCUGGGGCGUUGAAAACGAAUCCAACGGUCCGCUGUGCUGGCCCACCUGCAGCCUCCUUUUUCACCCCGUGCGUCUACCCUUCCUGCGAGACGACGCCCCAAUCUCCCCCCACUCCCGUGUGCUCGCAUCGCCGCCUUCCCGCGCCAGGCCGGAGAGGCGACAGGCCGCCGCGCCUCGCCGUUGGAUUGGGACCGGGCGGCCGCCUCGCCGCUUUGCCUCCGUCGACCGCGUCAGGCCGCCGGCGUGAGCUAGCUGGGAGCUGCCGCCGCGCCAGGGCGGAGAGGCGCCAGGCCGCCGCGCCGCCGCGAGUGGGGAGGGGACAGGGCGGCCGCCUCGCCGCUUCGCCUCCCUCGACCGCGUCAGGCCGCCGCCGUGAGCUAGCUGGGAGCCGCCGCCGCGCCAGGGCGGAGAGGCGCCAGACCGCCGCGCCGCCGCGAGUGGGGAGGGGAGUUGCACGGGCUCGCGGACGACCCCGACGCCGACCCGGUCUUCAAGAACGUCGCGCUCGACAUGGACAUCCUCUACCGCUCCAGCGAGAUGCACCAGGGUGUUCCCACAUACUGCCAUGGUCUGGAAAUGUAACAAGAUCAGUCUCAAAACCUCAUGGGCGGAACUUGUUUCUGCAAAGCUUAGUUGAAGAAGGGCAGAAUCCAAGCACUAGCAAUGGUGCCAGCAAUUCCCAGAAAAAUGUUGAAGAUAAGGACCUGUUAGACUGUCUAGAGAAUGGCGUCAACUUUUGGAUGGAUGGAGGCAGCCAGCCACCGUGACCCUUGGCGAUGGAGGUGGCCGGCCGUCGGGGUGCCGAUGGAGGCUAUGGUGUUCGCAGCUGUGUAGCUGUUUGUUCUCCAAAAUUGCUGUUUAGCUGUUUAGUUGUUUGCUCUGUAUCUCCAAAAUUGCAGCAGCAGCAGUUUAGCUGUUUGUUCUCUACCUUAGGCUGUGCACUGUCCUGAAACAAUAUUUUGUUGAGGUUGCAUUGUGUUAAUCAUUGAGAGAUUGAUUUGGUUGUAUGACUCAUGUAUGCUGUAAUUUGAAUGAAUGAAUAAAUCAGUAACUUCUGUGA